AUGAGCGCCUACGCCACCCUCUUCGAGAACGCCGCCCGCUUCUCCAUCAAGUACAUUGGUCCUGAGAAGACCUACGACAUCUGCACUACACUAGUCCUGCUCUACGCCCGCAUCAAGCAGGCCCACAUCGCCAUGGCUGCCAGCAGCGGUGUCCCGGCCUUUCUUGUCAUUCCGGCCAUCGCCAGCAUCAUCAUCUCUCUCACGGCCUCGUCGACCUAUCUGCGCAUCGGCCCCCCUCUCGUGAUGCUGGUCAUCCUCCUGCUGGCCAUGGACGCCGGCCUCGCCUCCCACGGUCCUUCUUACUAA